UACACUACUACUAUAUGUACAUGAUCCGCUCUCUACUUCGUUCUGGACAGCAUGACUUACUAUACUAUGAUAUUAGUAUAUAAGCAGCAUCAGUGUCGCUGGGUCUUUCCAAAGUACCAAUCGACACUUCUGUCGGUUUACAUCCACUACCAACACAGAAAAGAACAUGUUACAGUAGCACCCAUUGCUCUCUCACCAAAGCAAACAUGGGGUCCUCUACUGCGAGUCUAUCAGACGAUAGACUGCUCAGCAUAAGCCGCACCGAACCAUCAUCCCCUCCGGUUUCUGAAGAUGAGCAGCAGGCUAUUUGGAAAAUCUGCUCGGUCUUCCAAAGGAAGAGGUUCUUGGGGGCUAUCUAUUUCAGUGAAAAUGAUAUGACUCUCAAAAUAUUUACCAGUAAUGGUUUGCGCAAAACUGUUUCGAUCACGGGGAAAAGACGCCGUGACCAUGGAAAAAAGUCCUGGAUUGCCAUCUGGGGAAUGAACUCAAUUGCACCCGCGUCGGAGACGCCGCGGAGAAAAGUAUCCAAGGCGUAGCUACAAUGGCUGCGCAUGUUGAUUGGCAUGCCGCACUCUCAGAGAGGGAGGUUCCAUCGAUUCAGAACCCGGCCUUCUCUCGCUUCUGUCACGCCAGAGGUACUCCAGCUACUCGGCUUACAGGCUGGGUAAGAUGCAGCAGCAGGUUCCAUCGAUUACGACUCCCGGCCUUCUCUCGCCUCUGUCAUCCUUGACAGACUGUGUUGGACGGACGGGACGGCGUGAGUUCCUCAGUCGUGCUAUCUUACCCAGUCACACAGCCACAGUU